CCGCUGUCCCGCAAGCUCAACAAGAUCCUGGAGACGCGGCUGGACAACGACAAGGAAAUGUUGGAAGCUCUCAAGGCGCUCUCAACCUUUUUUGUUGAAAAUAGUUUGCGUACCAGAAGAAACUUACGUGGAGACAUCGAGCGCCGAAGCUUAGCGAUAAAUGAAGAAUUUGUCCGCAUUUUCAAGCAAGUUAAAGAGGAACUUGAAAGUAUAAAUGAAGAUGUGCAAGCAAUGAGCAGCUGUUGUCAGGACAUGACUAAUCGUUUGAAGGCAGCAAAGGAACAGACCCAGGAUUUGAUAGUGAAGACGACAAAGCUUCAAGCUGAGAAUCAAAUAUUAGAAAUGAAAGCACAAGUUGCAGAUGCUUUCAUCGCAAAAUUCCAAUUAACUCCAAAAGAAAUGAACCUUCUUCGAGGCACAAGAGAAGAGCCAAUUACUGAGGAUUUUUUCAAGGCAUUGGGAAGAGUAAAGCAAAUUCAUAAUGAUGUCAAGAUUCUUCUCCGAACAAACCAACAAAGGGCAGGCCUAGAAAUUAUGGAACAGAUGGCUUUGCUCCAAGAGACAUCUUAUGAACGACUUUACAGAUGGGCUCAAAGUGAGUGCAGGACACUGACACAAGAAUCAUGUGACAUUUCUCCAGUUCUCUCACAAGCCAUGGAGGCCUUACAAGACAGACCUGUCCUCUAUAAAUACACUCUGGAUGAGUUUGGAACAGCUAGAAGAAGUUCAGUAGUCCGUGGUUUUAUAGAUGCUCUUACCAGAGGAGGUCCUGGUGGUACUCCCCGACCUAUUGAGAUGCACUCCCAUGAUCCAUUGAGAUAUGUAGGAGAUAUGUUGGCCUGGCUGCACCAAGCUACAGCUUCUGAAAAAGAACAUCUGGAAGCUUUGUUAAAACUUGUAACAGCUCAAGGUGUGGAAGAAAAUAUUCAAGAAGUAGUUGGGCAUAUCACAGAAGGUGUCUGCAGACCUUUAAAGGUCAGAAUUGAGCAGGUGAUUGUAGCUGAACCAGGAGCAGUUUUGUUGUACAAGAUUUCUAAUCUUCUCAAGUUUUACCAUCAUACCAUCAGUGGUAUUGUAGGAAGCAGUGCAGCUACACUGUUAACAACAGUUGAAGAAAUGCAUUUAUUAAGCAAAAAGAUAUUCUUCAACAGUCUGAGCCUUCAUGCAAGUAAACUAAUGGACAAGGUGGAACUCCCACCUCCUGAUCUUGGGCCAAGUUCUGCACUGAAUCAGACGCUUCUGUUGCUACGUGAGGUUCUGGCAUCUCACGACUCAUCUGUUGUUCCUCUGGAUGCUCGUCAAGCUGACUUUGUACAGGUUCUAUCCUGUGUGUUGGAUCCAUUAUUACAGACGUGUACUAUGUCUGCGAGUAAUUUAGGCACAGCUGAUAUGGCAACAUUCAUGGUCAAUUCACUUUAUAUGAUGAAAACUACUUUGGCUCUCUUUGAAUUCACUGACAAACGUCUAGAAAUGUUACAGUUUCAAGUUGAGGCACACUUGGAUACACUUAUAAAUGAACAAGCAUCUUAUGUGCUAACUAGGGCUGGUCUAAGCCAUAUAUACAACUCUGUGCAGCAAUACAAGCCAGAACAGGGUCCCCUGUCAAAUUUGCCUAGUUUGGAUUCAGUGUCACUGAAGGCUGCAAUGGUUCAAUUUGAUCGCUACCUGUCUGCUCCAGAUAAUUUACUAAUGCCACAACUGAAUUUCCUCCUAAGUGCUACUGUGAAAGAGCAAAUUAUAAAACAGUCCACAGAACUGGUCUGCAGAGCCUACAAUGAAUUAUAUGCAGCUGUGAUGAAUCCAACAAAUGAAUACAAGGAACCAGAAACCAUACUACAGAGAUCUCCUCAUCAAGUUCAGGCGCUUCUCUCAUAAGUUGCUUUUCCAAAGAAGUCCACGUUCUAUCAAUAUUCAUUGUCUCUUAUUUUUGUGCGUUUUGAAUUUGGAGUGUUAAGUGACAAGAAGGUGGUGAUACAAUUGGUUUAAGACAUUUAGCGAGAGCCUGGCCAUUCCCUUACACUGUCUGUGUUGAGUGCUUUCCAGAACCAAAAAAGAAGAUUUAAAAUUAUUUUGAUGGAUGCAAAUGGAAAGAACUGUUCAUGACAGCAUGCGGCCAUUUUUGGUCAGUAAUAAAAAUAUUCAUUUGCUUCUGCUGUCCUUAUUCCUUUCAGUAGGAUGUUAAAUUUGUCUGUUUAAUGAUCAAGCCAUUUUCCCCCUACUUUUUUGCAUGCAUUAUUACUCUAUUUUAUACUGUAUCCUACAUUCAGAAAGCAUACUAAUGCUGCAGUUUUAGUAAUCUGAUGAACUUCUGAAUGUAUACAAGUAAAUCAGUUUUAUAUCCUAAAAAUGUCAAAAUAUUUGACAUUAUGGAGUGUAUAGUCUGUGAUUAUCCAAAGUAUGGACUAGGUGUAGAAUUAUAUAGAACCUGGAUACAUUCCUAUAACUUUUUCAUGAUCCCACAAUGCCUACUGACGAUAUAUAUUUUAGUGGUCAUGUAAA